AUGGUGGGAAUCACGGCAGCGAAUUCGAGAGAGAAGGUCGCGAGUCUGAUCAGCGCCGUCAAGUUCGACAAAGACAUACCUUCGAAGCUCGACCACUUGCGCCAGCUAAAAGACGAGUUGUCUGACGCCGACACUGUAUUACUCUCCGAGUUCCUCUCUCCUCUCCUUGACCUCCACACCGAUUCCUUCAGUCCCGUUCGGAAGUUCAUCAUCGAGAUAAUUGGCCAUAUUGGAUUGAAGCAUGUGGAACUCUUACCUGAAAUUGUACCUGUGUUGAUUAUUGUUUUGCGAGAUGGUACACCAGCUGUUGCUCGACAAGCCAUCACUUGUGGAAUUGAUUUGUUUCGCUGCACUCUUAUAAGAGUUGCAAUCCAGGGUUUAUACAAAAGUGAGUUGGACGAUAUACUUGUAACUUCAUGGUCAUGGGUGCUAAAGUUUAGGGAUGAAAUAUACUCGCUAGCCUUUCACCCGGGAAUUGACGGGAGAAGGUUACUCGCACUUAAAUUCAUUGUAGCAGUUAUAUUUCUUUAUACACCUGAUCCUACUGGCCCUUCAGAGCCACCAACUGAUCAAACCUUUGAAGGGAUGUUCGAGCAAUUCAACAUGUCUUGGCUUCGUGGAGGUCAUCCGUUACUCAAUAUUGGAGAUCUAUCUACUGAAGCGAGUCAAAGUUUGGGUCUACUGCUUAAUCAAUUAAGGUUCCCAACCGGUUUAUACAAAAGUGAGUUGGACGAUAUACUUGUAACUUCAUGGUCAUGGGUGCUAAAGUUUAGGGAUGAAAUAUACUCGCUAGCCUUUCACAAGCCGGGAAUUGACGGGAGAAGGUUACUCGCACUUAAAUUCAUUGUAGCAGUUAUAUUUCUUUAUACACCUGAUCCUACUGGCCCUUCAGAGCCACCAACUGAUCAAACCUUUGAAGGGAUGUUCGAGCAAUUCAACAUGUCUUGGCUUCGUGGAGGUCAUCCGUUACUCAAUAUUGGAGAUCUAUCUACUGAAGCGAGUCAAAGUUUGGGUCUACUGCUUAAUCAAUUAAGGUUCCCAACCGUAAAAUCUCUUAGUAACUUGAUGAUUAUCGUGCUUAUCAAUAGUCUUUCAGCAAUAGCAAAGAAAAGGCCCGCUUUUUAUGGUCGUAUUUUGCCAGUUCUACUUGGCCUGGAUCUUUCGAGCACUGUUAGCAAAGGGUUGCAUGUUUCAGGGGUGCAUCAUGCUUUAAAGAAUGCAUUCCUCUCCUGCUUGAACUGUACACACCCGGGUGCUGCACCGUGGCGGGAUCGAUUAGUUGGUGCGUUGAAGGAAUUAAAAAUUGGAGGGUUGACAGAAGAAGCCUUUCAGCAAUUAUUCCAGACAAAUGGUAGAGUAGAGUGGAAGGAUGAUAUAUCAACCACUCAGGAGGAACAGCCCUUAGCUAAAGCUUACGAUGCUGUGCACAUUAAUGCUGGAAGGAAAAGAUCAGGAGUACACGAUAAUAGUGAUCUGGUUGAAGAGGAUGAUGUGUCUGGAAAACGUGUUAAACCAACACCUAUUGUCUCAGAGGCAUCAUCAGAAGAGUUAACUAGGGAUCAGGAUGGAGUUCCUUCCAGUGGACUAGCUACUUCCAGAGGAGAUGGAAGUGGACUAGCUACUUCCAGAGGAGAUGGACAUAAUGGAACUGUGCAGCAACUUGUUGCUAUGUUUGGUGCAUUGGUUGCUCAAGGUGAAAAAGCUGUUGGACAUCUGGAGAUUCUUAUUUCUAGCAUUUCGGCUGACUUUCUAGCAGAAGUAGUGAUGGCUAAUAUGAGAAAUCUUCCUCCAAAUCGCCCCACAGCUGAGGGAGACGAAGAUCCACAGCUGAACUUGAGUUCUUAUCCUGGUUUAGUCGGUAGUGAUGCCCAUUUUAAACAUCUGUCAUCGUUGUUGACAGACAUUCUUUCGCAGUCCAUUGCUUUCCCUCAGGUGGGUUAUAGUUUAAAUGCUCAACAGUCAACGUCCAAUGAGCUUGAGCAGCCUGAAGGAGAGGAGGAACACCCUAUGGUGACUCUGGUUGAAGGUGAUGUAGCACGCAGUGACCUAAAUUAUGCAGCUGCAGCUGAACAGGCAUUAGUGCCUGCAGGUGUAUCUGGUUCUUCAUCUGAAGAUGUUGCAUCUGUCAUGGAGGAUGGUUGUUCAAUCAUUCCCUCUGAAGUUGUUGAUGUGGGGAAUUUAGAGAGUGAGAUACCUGGUCUGGUUACAUCUUCUCGGAGUGAUGGAUUGUCAGAAACACUUAUUGUUUCCACUGAUUUAGAAGAUGCCAGCCAAGAGCAAGUCUCUAGUUUAGGCAGGUCACCACUGCAACUGCUUCCAUCUAUAUCAACUGAUAGGUCUGAGGAGCUUAGCCCAAAAGCUGCUGUCUCUGAUAUGACCAGCAUUAACUCCUCGAUGACAGCUUCUGUUGGUUUAUCCACUCAGUUGGUACUACCUAAGAUGUCGGCGCCCAUUGUUGACCUUACUGAUGAAGAGAAGGACCAGUUACAAAAAAUGGCUUUUAUGCGCAUCAUUGAAGCUUAUAAGCAAGUAGAAGUUGCCGGUGGUUCUGAUGUCCGCUUUUCUAUACUUGCUGAUUUAGGGGCUGAGUUUCCCUUGGAUUUAGACCCAUGGAAACUACUCCAAACACAUAUAUUGUCGGAUUAUAUAAAUCAUGAGGGACAUGAGUUGACAUUGCGUGUCCUCUACAGAUUAUUUGGUGAGGCAGAAGAAGAUCGUGACUUCUUUUCUUCAACAACUGCUACUUCUGCAUAUGAAAUGUUUCUUCAGGCUGUGGCGGAAACACUUCGAGAUUCUUUUCCAGCUUCUGACAAAUCUUUAAGUAAAUUGCUUGGUGAAGUUCCGUACCUGCCAAAGUCAGUUUUAAAGUUGUUAGAGUGCUUGUGUUCUCCUGGAAGCAGUGACAAAGAUGAGAAGGAGUUUCAUAGUGGAGAUCGAGUUACUCAAGGUCUCAGUGCUGUAUGGAGCCUGAUUUUACUGAGGCCUCCCAUUCGAGAAGUCUGCCUGAAAAUUGCUUUGCAGAGUGCAGUUCAUCACUUGGAGGAAGUGCGUAUGAAGGCAAUACGUCUGGUGGCAAACAAGCUUUAUCCUUUACCAUCAAUCUCCCAACAAAUUGAAGAUUUUGCUAAGGAAAUGCUGUUCUCUGCAGCAAAUGCUGAUCAUACUGUGGACACAACUAAUGCUGAUGGAUCUAAUGCUGAAAUACUGAAGUUUUUCAUUCUUGAGAGCUAA